AUGGACACUGAGGUGUACUUCCGCUUCAUGGAUCUUCCAGUUGAGCUCCGACUGAUGAUCUACGACAACCUCACCUUCACGACCCAUCGACAUCUAGUCAGGAAUCCUGAUAAUCCAAGCGCCACAAGUAGUGGUGACCAGCAGUCGGAUGUGAUAGGCACCGUCACCAUGAAGUCUUUCCCUGUCGCAGUCUUGGCUGUCUGCAAAGAGAUCAACCUGGAAGCAAAGUCCAUCGUCCUCGAAAAAUUGCAGCAGCUUGCGCAAGAGCCGAUUCGCCUGUUCAUGGACAUAGGUGCAUUCGCUGAAUGCAUGCACACCUCGGACACGAAUAUGACCCUAGCCAAUGCGUUAUGCCUGCCCAUCGUGGCCCAAAGGCCCAGAAAAUGCUCCCGGGUAGAAAUAUUCCUAAAGAGAAACGCCCAGAACAUUUCAGGCUCUCGUGUAUUCAUGGGUCUAGGGAAAAUGCGGAACAGUGUUGGGCAAUCAAAAACUUCCUGCAUUGUCUUCUCUGAAGGAACCAUACCCGAUUACUAUAGGGGUCCAGGAUUGGUGAUUCCAGGAAAACGCGUAUUCGAUGACGUGAUGCGUGGCGUGGGGGAUAACGGCCUAAAUAAGAGAUACAGGGACUCUACCAUGGAAGUGAAGGAAUUGUCAGACGAAGAAUGGGCAGAACAAAAGAAGAGACUGAACGUGUACGUCACAAGAUACACAGAGCUCGUGGCCUCUGUUCACGAUGCGCUCUCACCUUCAAAGUCACCGAUCGAACCUUUGGCUACAACUAUAGCCUUUAAUCGUGGAUGUCCCUUAUCAGAGAUCAUAUUACAUAACAUCUCGCGCGAACGGAGGUUUACUUGCAGCUCCUGUGCUUGCAUCACGACCUUCACACUUCUUCUCCGCCACAAAACCCCGUUACUCCUUUACCUCCCACCCGAGCUACUUCUCAUGGUCUACGCGAACAUUGUCCCGUCAACCACCCACCGCACAGUCGCCAUCCACCAUUCCACCGACGCAACCAUAACGCUGAUCACAUACACCCUGUCCACCUCCAUCCUCCGCACCAACAAACUCAUCUACUCCGAAGCCCACCCCAUCCUCGCAAAACAACUCGAAACUCUCAAAGCAUUACCCAUACGCUUCGAACUCCGCUUCACAAGCCCCAUCUCGCCAUCCUCCACACACCCACUCGACAAGCUAAUCCAGCAUCUCUCCCACACACUCUCCCACCCCCGCCCCUCUAGCCCCCUACCCUACCCCGUCGAAAUCGCCCUUGACACCGCGCCCACACCGUACUGGACAAUGAGUGACGUCCGCGCCUUGGACCGCCUGCAUCGCGGGGCCGAUGCUGGUGCAGUUCCAUGGCGCAGUGCCGGCAGUUCGGAUUACUCGCGCGAUGAGGCUGGCGGGGAUGAGUGUGUUUGA